AUGGUAAGGGAGAACAAAUGUUGUAUACAAAACUGUCCAGGGUUACAUAAAUCUGGGUUUAGUGUCCCACAAUGUUCCUUCAAUGAAUGGCAAGAAGCAAUUGGAACAUCUUUAAGCAAAAGAUCAAGAAUUUGUGGAGCUCAUUUUUCUAAAAAUGAUAUUCACGAUACUUGGACUUCCGGCGAAGGGUUGACCGAAUCAAUAUGCUUAAAAAAGCCAAGAUUAAAAGAUGGAGCAGUUCCUAAAUUACUUUUAAAUGGCAAUGCUGGAAAUAUUGAUACACCCAUCACUCUCAAUACCUCAAGUAGUUUUAAUAAUACUAAUGAAAAUAUGGAAUGGAGUGUAUCUUCUGAUAUUAAUACUAGUUAUACAUCUCAAACCAGCAGUACAACUUUGUCAACUAAUUUUAAUGAAAAUUCGGAAUUAUAUAAUCUUUUAUCAAAGAAGAGUCAUAACAUAAAAUUACCAUCUUAUUGGUUAAAUGAUCUUACAACUAAAAAUAAAAAACUUAAAACUAAAUUUAUAUCAUUUUUUAAAAUGGGAUGUUAUGGCAACAGAUGUCAACGAAUUGUUGAAAAGCAACUAGUAGUUACUGAAAAGUCUGAACUUAUUAUAUAUGUACUCGACGUACAGCUCUCUGUUGAAGAAAUAGAAAUGUUUUAUCCUACUUCAUCUGUUACUUUAACAAAGCCCACCAUUUUUGAUAUUGAAAAAAUAAUAAGUACCAUUGAUAAAGCGUAUGUAUGUUAUGGUGCAGCCUUGGUUUCUGACUUUCCAAAUGUAAAACCAUCUUUUGGAUUUCAAUAUACCAUGAGCAAUGGUUAUUGGAAACAUUCAAACUGUAAAAAAAUAUCAAUUGAAAAUAGUGGUAUGUGUUCAUGGUGUCAACGCCUAUAUUUUUCAUUGAAAAGAAAAUACAAGAGGUUAAUGGAUGGAGACGAAAUAAACAUAUUUUUCUCACCAUCUAAAUUAAAACCCCUAAAUAAACUAAGACAUACCAAGAGGAUAGUGAGACAAAAGGCUGCAAGAGCCAAUACUAGAAUCAUGAAGCUUCAAAAUAGUUUAAGGCAGGUACAAAACCAAAUGAAAAUGUUUUCUGAAGAAUCAUUAACAGAUAUAGUUGAAAAAUCUGGUAUUUCACAAAUCCAAUCAGUUUUAUUACGUGAAAUAUUUGCAGCUGCAAAACUGAAAAAUAAUAAAAGUCGACGUUACUCAGAAAAUUGGAUGCUCUUAUGCCUAUUAUUUCAAAUUCGAUCUCCUACAGGAUAUAAAUUUUUGAAAGAACAAGGAGUUUUGCCAUUACCAUGUGUUGAAACAAUUAGAAGACAUUUGCUAGCAGUAAAAAAUGGAUGUGGUUUUGACCUCUCAUUUUUUAAGCUUCUGAAAAAAAAAUGUUUAAGUUAUACACCGAGCCAAAAAAAAGGAAUUUUGCUUCUUGAUGAAAUUUUUUUGAGAAAAAAUAUUCAUGUCAACAGCAGAAGUCUUACUUACAGUGGAUUAGAGGACUUUGGAGGAGAGAUAAAAAAUAAGGUUGGGAGUUCUGAAGAAGCUGACCAUGGAUUAGUGUUCAUGUGGCAAGGGUUAGCAACCAACGUUACUCAGUCUAUAGCUGUAUUUGCGUCCAAAGGGCCAGUUAAAGGUGUUGAUUUAUCUCAAUUACUUAUUAAGGCUAUUCUUUUGCUGGAAGAUGCUGGGCUACAGGUUUUAGGUGUAACAUGUGAUGGUGCUUCAACUAAUAAGACUAUGUUCAAAAACCUAGGAAUAAAUGGAAGCAAAUCAGAGUUAAAAAACUAUUUUAUUAAUCCUUUCGACGAGCUUAGAAAAAUAUUUGUUUUCAGUGAUGCUCCACAUGUAAUAAAGAAUAUACGAAAUCAAUAUUUCUUGAACUUUUUAGCUUCAUCCAUUGAAGGAUUAUGUCAAAUGGGAACAUUACUGUUCUGUUUUUAA